AUGUCUUCCUCAUUCUUUGCUUUGAGAAAAAUUUCUUCUUUCUAUGCCAAACCUUCCAACACAAAAUCAUCACAACCAAACAUCUCAUACAAAUCAACUAUCUUACCCUUCCCUUCACUCACUACAACAACACUCAACAACCUAAACAUUAAUACCUCACUACACUCUUACCAAUCAAACAAGUCUUUCAUUUGCAAAAGUCAAGAUCAAUCAUCUAACUCAGUCAAAGUACAAGAACUUAGUGUUUAUGAGAUCAAUGAAAAAGAUCGUGGAAGCCCUGUUUAUCUUAGAUUGAGUCAAAAAAAUGUCAACAUACUUGAUGAUCUAAUUUCAUUUAGCAACAAGUUGUACUCAGGAUGUUUACAAAAGAGGGUAGGAAUAACAGCUGGAAUAUGUGUUUUGAUUCAAAACAAAGCAGAGAAAAAAGGGGACAUAUAUGAAGCAAUAUAUAGUUUUUAUUUUGGAGAGUAUGGUCAUAUUUCUGUGCAAGGUUCUUAUUUAACUUAUGAGGAGGAUACUUAUUUGGCUGUGACUGGUGGAACUGGAAUAUUUGAAGGUGUUUAUGGUCAAGUUAAGCUUCAUCAAAUUGUGUUUCCAUUUAAGAUAUUUUACACAUUUUAUCUUAAGGGUAUUAAGGAUUUGCCACAUGAGUUUCUUGUUAAUCCUAUUGAGCCUAACCUAGCUGUUAAGCCAAGUUUAGAUGCCAAAGAUUAUGAGCCUCAUGCUGUUAUUGCUGGUUUCACCAACUAA